AUGGUUCUCUUUGAUUUCAAAUCAGACAAACACUUUGUUACCUCCUCUGAUGAAACCACCAUUAGAGUCUGUGAGUUGAGCAAACCUACUAUUCACCCUUCCUAUAUCCGAAAGGCUCACUGGAAGGAAGUUGGCACCAUCAUCGUCGAUGGUGACGAUAAUGGUGACGAUGACCUGGAAGAAGAUCAGUACUAUGAUGGGUUGCUGUUUUUCGAUGGCCAUGGGAAGAUUGAGGGACGUGAAUCCCUCACCAGGCUAGCCCAUCACCUCACUCGGUCGGGUCUGAUGGUGAACCCUGGAGGGUAUUGCUUUGAAGACGUGACUGAGCUGGGAGAGCACAAAGACUUUGGGUUUCACUAUUUCCGAUUAAACGAUCUCUUCAGUUGGGCAAGUCACGGUGUUGAGUUGGCAAGGAUCACCAUGUGGCCGCGGUUGGAGUUGAAGUACAUCGUGCCAAGGCAGAAGAAAAUCUCAAAGCAACCGAUGGUUGGCGGUGGGGUGAGCAAAGAGAAGUAUGAAGAGUUGAAAAGGAUGUUGAGCAAGAAGGAUGAGGAGCUAGAGAAGGUAACCAACGAAAUGGAAGAUGAAAUACAAAAAUUAAAGGAGGCAAAAGAAGAAGAGCUACAAAAGUUGCGAGAAGAGAUGGAAGAGACGAUUGAAAAGAAAGAAGAGUUGAAGUACAUCAUGCCAAGGCAGAAGAAAAUCUCAAAGCAACCAAUGGUUGGCGGUGGGGUGAGCAAAGAGAAGUAUGAAGAGUUCAAAAGGAUGUUGAGGAAGAAGGAUGAGGAGCUGGAGAAGGUAACCAACGAAAUGGAAGAUGAAAUACAAAAAUUAAAGGAGGAAAAAGAAUAA